CCCUUGCCUUAAGUGCUAAGAAUGAUUAAAGUAAUUAAGUAGCUGUGCCACUGUUUCAACAUCACUGCUUGGCACGAAGAUGAUUUUAACACAGGGUGUUCUGGUGUUGCUUUUUGUGGCUGCUACCUUUGGGCAGAAAGUGAUCGACUGUACAGCUAAUGCAGUGACUAUUCAGUGGAGGCCGGAGUUAAACUGGGCCCAAAAGCUGGACCUUUCGAAAGCUCGUCUGGGGAGUUGCCCACCCUCGAGUAUAUCUAUGGAAGAUGAUACGCUGCUGUUCUCCGUCUGGCUUCAUGACUGUGAUUUUAGAAGACUGGUGAGUGAGGACAAAGUGACAUACAUCAACGUGCUGACUUAUAGCCUGGAUGCUGGACUUUCCCCCAUUACUGAGCCGGUGGAGUGUGUUUAUGAUGUAUUGAGCAAUAGCACUGACAUGGAGAACACGAAAAAUGACCUCGUCUUCACGCUGGAGUUGAUGAACAGUGACUUUAAUGGGCCAGCUCCAUCCACUGUGUUCACGUUCGGCACCGGAAUUCCCAUCCGGGCCAAAGUGGACCAGCAGGACCUCGCGCCUGUGCAGAUUUACCUGCAGCGCUGCAUGCUAGCAAACACUCCAGACCUCACUCAGGCCAGCCAGCUGCAUACACUUAUUUCUGAUGCUGGGUGUCUCACAGAAAGCAAAGAAGGAAAUGCGACAUUCUUACCCAGACGGGAACCCUCAGAAAUCCGCCUUUAUUUCCAAGCAUUCAAAUUUGCCUUGGGAGAACAAGUUUUCCUUCAUUGUGACAUGACUACAUGGGAUCUCCAGAGCUUUAGUGUCGAUAAGAAAGCCUGCCAAUAUUUGCAAUACCAAAACAGGUGGGAGCUCCUGGAUGAUCCAGCCCAAAGUUAUAUCUGUAGCUGCUGUGACUCUACUUGUUUGCAUCGAACCAACUUUGAGUCGGGGAUAUAUACAUGCCAGGUUCUUGGGCCUUUUACAAUGGUUGAUUCUCGACCCAGUGCAUCAGAUGAGUACACAUUCUGGCCAGCUGAACAAGGGAUACACCCACACCAGGUUCUUGGGCCAGUAGUUGAUUCUCGACCUAGUGUUUCAGAUGAGUACACGUUCUGGCCAGCUGAACAAGGACUGGGAGGAGUUCCCAUGUGGGUUGUGGCGCUCGCUGUUUGCCUGGUGCUGAUCUUAAUGGCUGGAGCCAUUGCAACGAGCUACUACCUGUGUUUUUGGAGGGGUGGAAGGUUGGGAUACAGACCAAGUCGUGAACUUCUGAAUAAAUAUUAAGCUUCUUGAUUUAAAGGUUCAAAAA